GGGAACCCACUCCACCACCACUCUUUCUCCGCUCUUCGCCGUCGCUAACCACCGCUCGCCGUUCCAGUGUUUCGCGCAACGCCUCAUCUUUCCGGCGAGUAUUUUUCGCGUCCUGUGAUCCACUUGUUUCGCUCUCUAUAUAUAGGCCCGUAAAGCGCUCAAGUAGGAUAACCAAACUAACACAAAUUCCAGAGAGAGAGAGCGGUUGAGAACGUCGUGCGGAUUGGAGAUUUAUCCGUUUGGUGUCGGAAGCAAUUUACUAAUCAUUUCUUUCAAGUUUGUCUAAAUUUUUCUUGUUUCUGUAUGACCCUGUGAUUCAAAAAUAGUUUCAGCGGCAGAAGAGGUACUGAUUUUUUUUUUUGUUUUUUUGGUGUUAAAUUUAUGAUUACGAACUUAACCAGGUUUUUUUUCGAUGCGUCCUGUGUAAAUUUCUUCGGUAAUUCGAGAGUGCUUCAUGAAGAUUAUGGCGAUUACAGUUACCUUAGAGCAGUGAUCGAUCCGUGAAGUCGUUUACAGAAAUUGAGCCUUUAGCCUUGAGGAGAGGGAGAAACAUUACGGUCCUCUGUUUUUCAGUUUGCAGUGUCGUGAUUGUUCGAAGUUUUAGUAACGAAAAGAUUUAUUAGAAUUUGCAGAGAGAUUCGAAGGCGAUGGAGCAGAAACAUGUUUUGAUGUCGGCGUUGAGCGUGGGGAUAGGAGUGGGAUUGGGAUUUGGAUUGGCUUCGGGACAGACGAUGAGCAGAUGGACGGGCUCUGAUUCCUCAAACGGCAUCACUCUCCAAAAGAUGGAGCAAGAGAUGCUCAGACAUGUGGUUGAUGGAAGAGAAAGCAAGGUCACCUUCGACGAAUUCCCUUAUUACUUGAGUGAGCAAACACGGGCAUUAUUAACAGGUGCCGCCUAUGUCCACUUGAAGCAUGCUGAGUUCUCUAAGCAUGCACGUAACCUUUCUCCUGCAAGUCGGACUAUUUUGCUCUCAGGACCUGCAGAACUUUACCAGCAAAUGCUUGCCAAGGCUCUAGCUCAUUAUUUCGAAGCCAAGUUGCUGCUGCUGGACGCAACUGACUUUUCAUUGAAGAUUCAAAGCAAAUAUGGUGCUGCCAAAAAAGAAACUUCAUUCAAAAGGUCCAUCUCAGAGGCAGCACUGAGUCGAUUUUCUGGUUUACUGGGUUCACUUUCAGUCCUUCCACCGAAGGAGCAAGCCAAAGGCACAAUGAUGCGGAGGCAAAGCAGUGGUGUUGAUAUUGCAUCAAGGGGAGCAGAAGAUUCUUGUAAGCCUCCCAGUUUACGCCGAAAUGCCUCUGCCUCAGCUUAUAUUAGUAAUCUCCCAACACAAUUUGGUUCAGCAAAACAAGCUCCUCUCAAGCGUACAAACAGCUGGUCAUUUGAUGAGAAGCUUUUCAUACAGUCUCUUUACAGGGUUCUUGUUUCAGUGUCAAAAACUAGCCCCAUUGUUCUAUAUCUUAGGGAUGUCGAAAUGCUCCUAUUUAAAUCACAGAGGAUAUAUAACUUGUUUCAGAAAAUGUUGAAGAAAUUAUCUGGAUCAGUGUUGAUCCUUGGUUCACGAAUUAUAGAUUCAGAUAAUGACUACAGAGAAGUGGAUGAGAGGCUUACUGCUCUAUUCCCUUACAACAUUGAAAUCAGGCCACCUGAUGAUGAAACUCACCUAGUCAGCUGGAAAACUCAGCUGGAGGAGGAUAUGAAAAGAAUUAAAUUUCAGGAUAACAAAAACCAUAUCAUGGAAGUACUUGCUGCAAAUGAUCUUGACUGUGAUGAUCUGGAUUCGAUCUGCUUGGCAGACACUAUGGUUCUUAGCAACUAUAUACAGGAGAUUGUAGUAUCUGCAAUUUCAUAUCAUUUGAUGAACAACAAGAAUCCUGAGUACAGAAAUGGAAAGCUCAUUAUUUCAUCCAAGAGUUUGUCCCAUGGAUUAAGUCUAUUCCAGCAAGGUAAGUCUACAGACAAAGAUAAUUUAAAGCUGGAGGCGCAGCUGGAGACACAAGUUGAACAUUCUAAGGAAGCAGGAGGAGGAGAGGCUGCUGGUGCAAAGCCUGAAACUAAAGUUGAAAGCGCAGCCCCUGAAAAAAAAACUGGAGCAGAUACAUCAUCAGCUCCAGCAGCAAAGAAAGAUGGUGACAACUCACUGUCAAAAGUUGCGGAUGUUCCUCCUGACAAUGAAUUUGAGAAGCGCAUAAGGCCAGAGGUCAUACCGGCAAAUGAGAUUCGCGUGACAUUUACCGAUAUUGGUGCCAUGGAAGACAUUAAAGAAUCCCUUCAGGAACUGGUAAUGCUCCCUCUUCGAAGACCAGAUCUCUUUGAAGGAGGCCUCCUAAAGCCUUGUAGAGGAAUAUUAUUGUUUGGGCCUCCUGGGACUGGGAAGACGAUGCUAGCCAAGGCCAUAGCCAAGGAGGCUGGAGCAAGCUUCAUCAAUGUGUCCAUGUCUACCAUCACUUCUAAAUGGUUUGGAGAGGAUGAAAAGAAUGUACGAGCUUUAUUCACUCUUGCAGCGAAGGUCUCCCCAACUAUUAUUUUUGUAGAUGAAGUUGAUAGCAUGCUUGGGCAGCGGAGUAGAGCAGGGGAGCAUGAAGCCAUGAGGAAGAUCAAGAAUGAGUUCAUGACUCAUUGGGAUGGGCUCCUAACUGGACCUGGUGAGCGUAUCCUUGUUCUCGCCGCAACCAACAGGCCAUUUGACCUUGAUGAAGCCAUUAUCCGGCGUUUUGAGCGCAGGAUCAUGGUUGGCCUCCCAUCUGCAGAGAACAGAGAAAUGAUCAUGAGAACUCUUUUGUCUAAAGAGAUAGUAUCAGAAGGACUAGACUUCAAGGAGAUUGCAACUAUGACAGAAGGAUUUAGUGGAAGUGAUUUAAAGAACCUGUGCACAACAGCUGCUUAUGGGCCCGUCAGAGAGUUAAUACAGCAAGAGAGACUAAAGGAUUUAGAGAGAAAACGGAAAGCUGAGGAAGGGCAGAAUUCAGAGGACGGUUCAGGCACAGUGGAAGGCGGUCAAGAAAAAAGAGUAAUUACCCUAAGGCCUUUAAAUAUGGAAGACUUCAAGCAAGCAAAGAGUCAGGUUGCAGCUAGUUUUGCAGCAGAGGGAUCGAUAAUGGCGGAGCUGAAGCAGUGGAAUAAUUUAUACGGGGAAGGGGGAUCGAGAAAGAAUGAUACCCAGCAAUUAUCUUAUUUCCUGUGAACAAGCCUUGCUCUUCACGGAUCCCAUCAAUUUCCUUUGCUGAGAAAAUUUUGGAAAGUCCAUCUUCUUUUUCCAGCAAAAACCACUUAUAUAUAUAUACCUACGUCCCACGUUCUGCAGGCAAUGAUGAGUAAGUUAAAAGUAGUCUCUAGCUAGUUUAGUUUUUAUAUAUAUAUAUAUGAUCGACGUUUGUGUGCUAAAAAAAAUAAGUUGGAAAUUACAACAGCAGUGUUGUGGCCUGUCUGCGUGGGUUGCCUUACACCCUGCAGCUAUUUUAUGUUUUGUAUAUUUGAAAAUUAGGAUAUAUAAGGUUUUAGAAGUCUAAACAGUUGUAUGAAUAUAUAUAGUGUGUAUAUACAUAUAAUAUCAAAUAAGGGUCAUGUAUUUCCCUUUGAAUGGGGAUUUAGAUCAGGUAAACCUAGAACUUGUGAGCACUUACAACUCUAGCUCUUGGAAAGCUAUUGUUUUUAUUUCAAUCAUGGGUUGAGUGAUUUCUAUAGAGGCAUCCGUAAAAUGGGAGAUUUGUGUUGUUUUGUGAAUCUCCA